AUUUUGAACUCAAAAUUUUCUAUAUCGCACGUUUUGACCUUCAUCCGAAAUUUUCAACGGUCAAGAUCGCGCAAAACGAUUUUUUUUAUUAUUUAAAAAUAGAUAUUGCGCAGAUUUAUGUACCAUUUCGAAACUUCAUGAACUUGUUUUACGACGAUUACUAAUUUUUAUUAAUCAUUGAGAAUUGUUGGUGAUAGCAUAUUGGUGGCAGUAUAUAAAUGUUCUGAAGUGACCACAAGUAAACACGAUUGUUUUUAUUCUGUUGAGUAACUACAUGAAGGCAUACAAAGGACCUAACCGGCUCAGUGUUAUUUUGUAUGAUUUCGUGUAUGAGCAUUGUGUUUAUUCCUACAAAAGUCGCUUAAAAUUAGUGAAGAAAUAACUUUAGAGAACCUAGUAUUCUGUGUGCUUAAAGUUGUUGAAAAUUAAUUUGGCAUCAAGAUUUAAGAAGUAAAUCAUUAGGAUGUUUACUUCACGCUUCAGCAGAGCUUAUGUAACUGUUUGCAAAAUGCCAGAAAGCUUAAAAUCAUCGUUGACAACAACGCAGGCUACUAGAACAUUGGCCGAUUCGCCGGUGAAAGCAAAACUCGUGAAAACAGAAUCAGCUUCUCAGAGAGUAUUUGAUACUGAAGACAAAUAUGGAGCCCAUAACUAUCAUCCGCUUCCUGUUGCCUUGUGCAGAGCAAAAGGUGUUUUUGUUUGGGAUGUUGAAGGUAAACAGUACUACGAUUUUUUGAGCGCUUACUCCGCUGUAAACCAAGGACAUUGUCAUCCUAAAAUUAUUCAGGCUUUAACCGAACAAGCCCAAAAUCUAACUUUGACAUCGAGGGCUUUUUAUUCCGAUGUCUUGGGCGAAUACGAGCAAUAUGUGACAGAAUUGUUCGGCUAUGACAAAGUACUUCCGAUGAACACUGGAGUUGAAGGCGGCGAAACAGCUUGCAAAUUGGCUCGUAAAUGGGGAUACAAAGUGAAAAAAAUUCCAGAAAACAAAGCUAAGAUUAUAUUCGCCGAAGGAAACUUUUGGGGUAGAACGCUUGCCGCUAUAUCUGCUUCAAAUGAUCCAUCGAGUUAUGCCGGAUUUGGACCUUAUAUGCCAGGAUUCGAGCUUGUACCUUACAAUGAUAUUAAUGCAUUAGAGAAAGCCUUACAAGAUCCGUGUGUUUGCGCCUUCAUGGUUGAACCAAUUCAAGGCGAAGCAGGUGUAGUUGUACCAGACGAUGAUUAUUUACGCAGAGUACGUGAUUUGUGUACCAAAUAUAAUGUUUUAUGGAUUGCAGAUGAAGUGCAAACUGGAUUAUGCCGUACAGGACGUAUGUUGGCUGUUGAUCACGAGGGUGUAAGACCUGAUAUUAUAGUUCUAGGUAAAGCGUUAAGCGGUGGCGUGUAUCCAGUUUCCGCUGUUCUGGCUGAUGAUCCAAUUAUGCUCUGCAUUCAACCAGGCGAGCAUGGUUCAACUUAUGGUGGUAAUCCCUUGGCAUGCAGAGUGGCUAUUGCUGCUCUGCAGGUUCUACAAGAUGAAAAACUAGCAGAAAAUGCAGAGCGUUUAGGAGCUGUACUACGCCGAGAACUUAAUAGCCUACCAAAAGAGGUUGUAACAACUGUUCGUGGCAAAGGAUUGAUGAAUGCUAUUGUUAUUAAUAAAGAUCUGGAUGCAUGGGAGGUGUGUUUAAAAUUGCGUGAUAAUGGUUUAUUAGCAAAACCAACUCAUGGCGACAUCAUAAGGCUUGCACCACCCUUAACUCUGACUGAAGAACAGCUAGUGGAAUGCGUAACUAUCAUCAGUAAAACGAUUUUAUCAUUCAAAAAAUAAUUUUAAAUUUGAAGUAUAUCUUAAGCCUGCUGGUAAUUACUUUGUAAUUAAUUAAGUUAAGUAAUAAAUAUUAUUUUGUAUUUUUUAACAUUCAUCCCAUUACAAUUACAAUUCAUACACUCAAAAUUCUCAAAAUCAUGAAUAUUUUAUCAUCUAUAUUUAGUUUAUAUAUAAAAUUUUGUUAAUACUUUGUUGAUUAUUGAAAGGGUUUCGAUUGAAAUCAAUUGACCUAUGUUGAAAAUUAUAUCGGAGUGAUAAAUUUAGUUCUGUUGUUCGAUAUUUUCUAAAAAAGUUAUAUCAGAGCACGAUGAAGUGGAAAUACUUGUUUUUUGUGCUUGACAUGAGGCAAAAAGAUUUUAAA